AUGAGGCGGAGGCUGUGGGUGCCACUUCUCUCGUUGCAGCUGGCCACGCGAUGCAGCAGCAUGAAGGGCGGUACGUGCAGCCACGGCAGGGCCGGGGAGGAGGAGGCAAUAGGCGACGAGGAUGCGGCGGCGCAGCGGCUCGUGCACUCUCUUGGUUUUGAGCUGCACGAGAUGGAGCUGCUGGUGCGUAGCUUUACUACGGGCGAGAAGCCGCCGCUAAUUGGCGCGGAUGCAAAGACUCCAAAGGUUCGGUCUCGCCUUGUAGAAGCGUGCACGACAGAGCCACUGCUGGCGCCAACGCUAAACAAAUUGGUGUCGACCAUCGAAGCCGUGCACGGCUGCUCGGACCGCAGCGGGCACCAGCAGGUAGUUGCAACAGCGGGUGACGGUUGCUCAAAGCUGACCGGCAUACUGUCUCGCUGUGCGAAAGGCGUUGAGACAGGCGUGGGCACCAAAGAGCUAGAGCGCCUCUCGUCUGCGCAACUUCGGCUCGCCGCAGUCGCUGUUCUAGCGAUGGCGCUACGGGAGUCGAUGCAGGCGUUUCGCCGUGAGGGGAGGCGCCGCUCUCAUGAGGCUCGCGAUGUCGAUCCGGAUCAAGUGAAGUGUCUGCAGGUGUGGCGCUGCGGGGUGCUCAGGGCGCACGUGGAGGCUGCGGUAUCUCUUGACGAUGCCUGCCGCGCCAUACUUGCCGCGCCUCGCAGGGAGCAGCACGGCUAUGCAGUGGGCCAACGGGUGAGUUGUGUGUGCGCUGCGACCAUAAUUGCCUCGUCACUCUCUCUUGCGGAUGAGCUGAAGUGGCACGUGUCGCGGCCCAGCGUGAGGGUGCACUUUGAGGAAGAGGCUCUCCAGGAGCAGGAGCGCCACAUUGCCCGCUGCUCAUCAUCUAUUCUGCGUGCUGCCGUUUGUGUAUUGGAAAGUGCUGUGGAGGAGAGCAUACAGACUGGACAGAUAACGGAACAUCCAAGGCAGCUGCCGUACACUCUCCGUGUUGUGGAGGACUGUUUAACGCUAAUGGAGACUCCACGCUCUCCAUGCAGCGAGACCACUUCGGGUGGAGUUGGUGGGUGUUUGUUAACCACUCUUCUUAUGUGGGUGUUGUUGGGCGUUGUGUCGUUCCGCGGUCAGCCGUCGCUGCAGUUAGAAAAACAGCUAAUUACGUGCCUGCAGCGGCUUUGGUUGAGGGCGGCUCCCCCACUUGAGCGGCACUCGAGUGAUAAGAUGAUGACGCAUCGCACUAUUCACGCCUCUCUCAAUCUUCGCCUUUCCCACUGCAGAGAGACAAACGAUGAUGCUCGCCAUCCUCGGUAUAAGGGACAGGGGGAGCAGCAAAGGAAACAACAAGAGGACAACGCGACACUGUUUGUGACACAUCCGGCCAAAGCAUCUUCCUUUCUUCGCCUACUCGAACGUGCGACAAAUGCAUUCUCCACGUGGCAGACACAACGCGGUACGGCUUCUCCGUCGAUGGUGAUGCCGUAUGCUAUCUUGUGCCGCACGAUGCUGGAGAUGGAAACAGAGGUGUAUUUCCUCGCAUGCCAAAAAACGGACCGUACGUGGACAAUACCAACGGGCCUCCACAACGCCAAGCCAAAAAAUGCAGAGAAAUGCACGGUGACCGAUCCUGAAUGGAAUGACGUAUUCACUUCUGCGUCUGCUUUGCGUGUUUCGGCGAGUUCCCUUGUUUGUACAUAUACGCGAGCCUACAUUUCGCAGGGGCUGUCCGCUCACUCAUCUGGAAAAGAACAAAAGACCCUGCCGUUCGUGCAGCAUCCUGCGUACAGGUUUCUUCACGGCAUUUCUGCCUCCUUCUUCCCGCUGCUGCGCCGCCACUACCUUGAUACGGAAGGGAAGGAGAUUUUAUCAAGCUGUCUGCAUACAUUUGUGGCGCUCAAGCAGGUAAGUGACAUAAUCGAUGGUGACGGUGAGGAGAGGAAGCGCGGAGAGAAGACGGCAUUUCGUGUUUGUGGUGUCAGUCUUGCGCAGGCCGCAGAGGUGGCAUUCUUCCUGUCCAUGCAGCGGUUUGAUCAGUCACGCUCAGACAGUGGAUUAGGGGGCGCUGCAGAUUCAAUCGACAAUCCUGUAGUGUUGUCGUACGUGAAGGAGGUUCUUUUCGCUCUCGACCACAACACGGCAAAGCAGCUGUGGCACCUGCGUGUCAAGAAUUUACAGCAAGGGUUUACAGGUAUGGACUGUGAAAUCGAAUCACCAGACGAGCGACGUCAACGAAGACAGGCACAGUCUAUUCUGAGUGUCGUGCACGCCCACGUCAUGCAUCCCUCGUUUCUUUGGAUGCCUUUGCAGCAGCUGCAGGAGGUGGUGUUUAUUUUGUCGCAGAAUCGAGAGCUGCUUGAGGGACUCCAACACGACUCAAAGCCGAUGGGGGAUGCAUGCGACCCCCCUCCGAUCACUGUUGUCCGCGUCGGGUCGUUGGGAGGCACACCGUGGCACUUUGGUCGCGCGCUCGGCUACAUGGUGAUGCGUCUCUAUGUGGUAAGCAAUGUGCUGCGCCACUACCACCACGCGCUUCGGGGAGAAGAGCGGCCCUCCCAUGUGCUGCUGGAAGAGCCCGCAAUGGAGGCGAAGAAACGCGAACGCCGCGCCUGGGCAAAGAACAUGGCACACACGCUGCUCGACAGCUGCACGGGAAUCGCCGCAGAAGUAGAGGGGCUCAACCCCAAGCGUAUGGCACACCGCAGGCGCGGAAAUAUGCGUGUGCUGGCGCGGCUGGAGGCAACUGUUCGGCUGGCUUCGCGACACGGCCUCCUGUUUCAUGUUAGGAACCGAGGAAAAAUGCGGCGGCUAAGGCAGGCGGCUCAGCGGAAUGCCCAAAGCAUACAAUGUGGUGUUGUGGCUGAUGCUGCUGGUGCUGUGGAUGACGGGGAUGCAGCGGGGGCUGCACAUCCUAGUGGUUCACUUAUUAUUCGCUUAAACCGGGCUGACGCAAGUAUGCCUUUGGGCUUCUCCCUUAACGGGGAUAGUGCGACAAUACGCCGAUUAACGAGGGCGGAAAUUAAAGGAUCUGCCGAUAAGCUGGCGGACACCACGCCGUUUGCAACAGCGCUUCGAGCUGCUGGUGUGGCAGACCCACACACAAUGAUUGGUUGGCGAGUCGUGGAUAUUGAUGGCGCCAAUGUGGAGAGCAGCAAGGCCGUCAUUUUACUUGUGAAGGGGAAGUGCGAGUUCUCCAUGACGCUGUCACCGACAUAG